UUGAACACAACCAGCCAGCCAUUGAUGAUUUCUUCCUGGAGAAGGAGAAGAGCUGCAAGGCGUGAAGAGAAAUCAGAACAUCAAAAUGGGGAGAUUGAGCUUACGGUUCCAAGAGAAUUCAGGUGCCCAAUAUCGCUAGACUUGAUGAAAGAUCCGGUCAUUUUGUCCACAGGGAUAACCUAUGAUCGAGAGAGCAUCGAGAAGUGGGUCGAAGCUGGGAAUUUCACUUGCCCUCUCACCAAUAAAGUUUUGAGGAGUCUCGAACCGAUUCCGAAUCAUUUCAUAAGGAAAAGCAUACAACACUGGUGCGUUGAGAAUCGAUCCCACGGGAUCGAAAGAAUCCCCACGCCUCGAGUUCCCAUCACUUCCAUGGAGGUCUCCGACAUUCUUUCCAAAAUCAAUGUUUCCUGUAAGAGACAAGACGGAAAAGGGUGUCGGAUUUUGGUUUUAAAGAUCAAAUCUUUAGCAAAAGAGAGUGAACGUAACAAGCGUUGCAUUGUUACUAACGGGGCAGGCGGCGUUCUAUCCGGAGCUUUCCAAGCAUUUUCCGUGGCGUUUUCUAUCGAUGAAAACGUUGAUGUUUUAGAGGAGAUACUGUCAACUUUGAUAAUAAUGUUCCCUCUCGACGUAGAGGCCAAGGGAUUCUUAUCAGUCUCGGCCAUGAAGUGCUUGAUAUGGUUUUUAAGCAGUGGAGACUUAUCUAGAAGAAGAAACGCAGUUUUGGGGUUAAAGGAGCUUGUUUCAUCGUCUUCAUCAGACAAUCGAAGAAAAGUGAAGGAAUUAUCAGAGACGGAAGGUGCCAUUGAAGCAUUGUUCAAGCUGAUUAAAGACCCAAUUUGCCCUACCUCUACAAAAGCUGCUUUACUCGUCGUUUACCAUAUCAUCACAUUAUCAUCAACAAAACAGAAACAAGUGAGAAAGCUAGUGAAUUUAGGCAUGGUGCCAUUGCUACUCGAGACGUCGGUCGACGCCGAAAGGAGCAUAUGCGAGAAGGCGUUGGGUGUUCUCGAUGGGAUAUGCAACAGCGAGGAAGGGAGACAAAUGGCCUGCAACAAUGCCUUGAGCAUGCCGGUUUUAGUUAAGAAAAUCCUUAGAGUCUCCGAUUUGGCAACUGAACUUUCGGUCUCUAUAUUGUGGAAACUUUGCAAGGGGGAAAUGGAAGAUCAUGGAAGUGUUGUACUUGAAGCUCUUCAAGUGGGCGCUUUUCAAAAGAUAUUGCUGCUUCUGCAGGUCGGGUGUGCCGAGAAAACCAAGGAGAAAGCUUCGGAAGUGCUGAAAAUGUUGAAUCUUCAUAGAAACAAAAUGGAAUGUGUUGAUCCAAUGGAUAAUUUCAAGCAUCUGAAGAGGCCAUUUUGAUUGUAAAUGAUAGAUUAGUAGUUGUCAAAUUUUGUCAUGAUUUACAGAUUACACUGCAAUUUGCAAGAUAAAUCAAGUAUACAAAAUUAAGUUUCAUA